AUGCGCAUCUUUGCACCAAACGAUGUCGUUGCCAAGAGCAGAUUCUGGUACUUCCUCUCGAAGCUCCGAAAGGUCAAGAAGGCGAACGGUGAGAUCGUUUCGCUCAACAAGAUCCAAGAGAAGCACCCUCUCAAGGUCAAGAACUUCGGUAUCUGGAUCCGAUACGACUCGCGUUCCGGCACCCACAACAUGUACAAGGAGUACCGUGAGAUGAGCCGCACCGACGCCGUCCAGUCGCUCUACCAGGACAUGGCUUCCCGCCACCGUGCCCGCUUCAGGACCAUCCACAUUCUCAAGGUCGUCGAGGUCGAGAAGGUUGACGACAUCCGCCGCCCAUACAUCAAGCAGCUCACCACCAAGGACCUCAAGUUCCCACUUCCUCACCGUGCACCACCCAAGCGCGGCAAGAAGAUCUUCGCUGCCACCCGACCAAACACCUUCUACUAG